AUGGUCGAGUUGGAAGCAAUCUUCAAUAAGUACGUGGAAGAAAUUGCGGAGAAAAAUGAGGAGUUGGAAUCGAAGGAUGAAAAGAUAAAGGAUCUGGAAACAAUUAUUAAAAAGGACGAGGAAGAAGCUAACAGGAAAAAACAAGAGCUGCAAGCAAAGAAUAAUAAGAUAGAGGAGCUGGAGGCGAUUAUCAAGGAUGGUGAAAAAGAAGCUGCCCAAAAACUUAAGGAGCUGGAAGAAAGGAAUAACAAAAUUGAGGAGCUGGAAGCAAUCAUCAACGAUGCUACCCAAAAAAUCCAGGAGUUGGAAGCAAUUAUGAAGAAAGGUGAGAAAGAUGAUGCUCAGAAAGUUCAGGAUCUAGAAGAGAAAAAUAAAAAGAUUGAGGGGUUGGAAGCAAUUAUCAAAGAGCGGGAGGAAGCAAUUGCCGAGAAAAAUCACGAGUUGGAUGCCAAGGAGGGGAAGAUAGAGGAGCUAAUACUAGUUGUCAUCAAGAAAGACGAUGAGAUUGCAUCGAUGAAAAAUCAAGGAUUGCGGCCUACUGUAUCGUCGAUAGUAACAACUCCGCCGACAACAGAGGGGUUAUCAGGAGGAUUAUUGGUUGAAGAAAUUGUGACGAAUUCUAAGGAUGUCAAAAUAGCUAUUUCACUGAAGAUCGCUUUGACAAUGAGCACGCCGGCGCCGGGGGCCACUCCCCUGGACUGCCAUCUCCCGGAUGCAUCACAGGGGGUCCGCAGACCACCGUCAACAACUUCCUCUCCAACUGGGAAGGGUGAUCACGAGACGCAACAGGCAAAGAAGCUGGUCAGGGCGCUGAUGACGAACCCGCUGUUCGAGAAGGAAGCUGUCAUGGGCCAGCACUGUAAUCGAGCAGUAUUGUACCCUUACCGAGACUGGCGGCUGGUGGAGAAGAUCCAUCCCAACGGCGAAGGCACCGAAUACACGGCGUUAGACGUUAAAGGCAACGUCAUCAGCGGCGACACAUUGGUGAAGCUCUACAAAUCCUUUGAGAAAGGGCAUCGGCUGGCCAACUUCGCCGGCGUCCAGAUCGUUUGUCAGUACACCAAAACCGGUGAGCUGCAGGGCGCCAAGAACGCCAGCGGUUUCGGAUGGCAGUGGUUCAAGGAAGAGCCUGCCGCCAGCAGCAGCAGUAGCGGUCCUACUACUCCGAGCGUCAGCGACGACAGGAAGAAGGUAGGAGAGCUGACGGAGGAGCUGAAGAAGGCAAAGGAGGAGAUAGCCAAGAAGGACCAACUGAUCAACAAGCAACGCAACGAGAUCGCUGCGAAAGACAAGGAGAUCGACGCGAGAAGCAAGGAACUGGAAGCCAAAAACAAGGCGGUGCACGAUAAGGACGAGGAGAUGAAGAAGAAAGAGGAGGAGAUUCGCAAGGGGGUUCAGGACCUGGAUGCAGCGAAAAAUAAGAUCGAGGAGUUAAAUGUCCUUUUGAAGAGGUGCGAGGAUGAAAUUGCGAAGAAGGACGAUGAGAUUCGCAAGAGGAAUGAGGAGCUGGCUGAAUCAAGGAGCAAGAUCGUUGAGUUGGCAGCAAUUAUCGAUAAGUACGUGGAAGAGAUGGCGGAGAAAAAUGAGGAGCUGGAAUCAAAGGAUGAAAAGAUAAAGAACCUGGAAGCAAUUAUUAUGAAGGAUGAGGAAGAAGCUAACAGGAAAAAACAAGAGCUGCAAGCAAAGAAUAAUAAGAUAGAGCAGCUGGAGGCAAUCAUCAAGGAUGGUGAAAAAGAAGCUGCCCAAAAAAUUCAGGAGCUGGAAGAAAGGAAUAAUAAGAUUGCGGAGCUGGAAGCCCUUGUUAAAAAGUGUAAGGAAGAUGCUGCCCAAAAAGUCCAGGAGUUGGAAGCAAUUAUCAACAAGGGUGAGAAAGAGGAUUCUCAGAAAGUUCAGGAUCUAGAAGAAAAAAAUAAAAAGAUUGAGGGGCUGGAAGCAAUUAUUAAGGAGCGAGAGGCCGAAAUUGUUGAGAAAAAUCACGAGUUGGAUGCCAAGGAGGGGAAGAUAGAGGAGCUAAUAGUAGUUAUCAACAAGAAAGACGAUGCGAUUGCAGCGAUGAAAAAUCAAGGGUCACGCCCUACUGUAUCGUCGAUAGUAACAACGCCUCCAACAGCAGAGGGGUUAUCGGGAGGAUUAUUGGUUGAAGAAAUUGUGACGAAUUCUAAGGAUGUUAAAAUAGCUAUUUCGCUGAAGAUCGACCUUGUGAAGGACGACAAAUCAACCAACAAUAUAGUGCAGGAGAAGAUAGAUUUCAUGGAGCAAGAAUCAAAGCAAAAAAACAACCAACUGAAAGCUAAGGACGAAGAAAUUUCAGAGCUGAAGAAAGUAAUAAAUGAUAGGGACAAUGCCAUACAAAAGCAAAGUAAGGAGCUUGCAAAGUUGAUAGCUCAACAAUCAUCUAAUUCCAUGGCACCAACGCAAGAACCCGUCACGCUUGAUGACAUUGUGAGUACCCUACUGAUAGAAAAGGUACAAAUGAAAAAACAACUAGACGAAGCACGCAAAGAGAGAGAUGCCAUGGGUCAAAAACUAGAACAGAAGAUAGAGGAACUCAAUGCCAAGGAUGAGGAGAUGACCAAGAAAGAUGCGGAGCUCGAGGCGAAAAACAAGCACAUGAUCGAGGCGGAAGAGGCGAUGAAGAAGAAACUAGAUGAGGAGAUUGGUAAGAUGAAGGAAGAACUAAAGAACAAAGAAGAGGAGGUUAAGGAGAAAGAUAAAGAGAUUGUUGAUCAGGUCACGAAGUUGGAAGCUGAUAAGAAAUUGAUCGACCAAAAGGAGAAAAUGAUCAAGAAGAAGGACAGGCAGAUUAAAAAGCAAACCAAUAAGGUGAAAGUGAAAAUUGAGCAACUUGGAAUAGCAAAAGCUAAAAUAGUGAAAUUGAGGAAUGCUCUAAAAGAAUUCACCGCCUUAGAAGACGAUGAAGAUGUUGAUGAUGAUGAAGACGACGACGAGGAGGAUGAAGACAAUUGAGUGUUGAAAAAUGGAUAGUUGUAUUACUUUAUGUGUGGAUUUCUCAACAAUAGUACUUAUGCGCAUGUGAAUUCCCCCUGGGUUUUCAUCUAGGGCUAGUAAUUUACAUUUUGGUUUGGAGUUUACUUGGGAGAGUUGUGAUCCAGAUUCUUAUGGUUUUGGCCUUUCUUUUGGGCUUAGAAUUU